AUGUUAAAAUAUGGACAACCGUGCGAUCGCUACAAAGACCGUUGCAACAAUGGGGCCAAAUGCAUCGACGCCGUCUGCAAGUGCUCUGCUGGCUUUGCCCUUUCCCCCACGGGAUGGUGCGAAUCUUUCGAUUUGGCAGCCGUGAGUUUCUCUUGAUACAAGUCCAAAAUAUACCUACAAAGACGAAAUUUCGAAAUAUUUUCCAAAAAAUUUAGUAAGUUGGUCUGAACACCUUAUUUUACUGAAUGAAGAUCGGGAAAUUAUCGAAAAGCUGAAAAAGUAAACUGAAUACAAGAUAUUUCUGAAAAUUAUUAGAGAAAUAUUCAUUCUUGUGAGAAAAAAAAAAGAUCAAAACAUGGAAUUCGAAAACAGAGAAGAAGAAGGAGAUCUGAGAAACUGAACGAAAAAAAUCUUAAUGAUUGAGCUGAAUUUUCAAAAAAAGAAAGACUCAACUUCAAGACGCGUUUUGACAUGAAAGAGGAAGAAAAACUGAUCUCCGGUUCAUUAAUCAAUGCAUAUUUAUGAGAGUUUUGAUAACAGCUCCCUUCAAGGAAACUGCAAUUCCCCGAAAAAAUUGUACCUCAAUGAAUGUUUCUUUGCCAGGCGAUUUCGAACAACAAGCGACCAUUUUCAUCUCUUCCCAAUCCCAUGAACGGUAACACGGCACAGAAUCAGCUCCCGCAAGUUCCAAUCAUUGUUGAACCGGUCACGAGGGGCCCUUACAUCAUUCCAAAAGGUAUUUUUAAUGUUUUUUUUUAAAUGUCCAAAAUUAUUCAAUUUUUCAGAGUUCCCUACACCGUCCAACAACUUGCCUGAGAACCAAUUUCCAACUCCGAAUGCUGAAUCAAUGGCGGCCAAUACUCCAUCUCCAAAAAAAGUGGUCCCUUUGACGUCCAAAAAAACUGUGCGACCACCAAAAGCGUUGGCUCUCGGAGGAAAAUGCGACAUCAACGAUAUUUGCUUGAACGGCGGUGAAUGUAAACGCGGCGUUUGCAUUUGCCCAGAUAAUACUAUUCGACAGAAUGGCUACUGCAUUGGGCGUGAGUUUUUGGAGAAAAAAAAACAAAUUUGAAAUGUUUGGAUUACUAAAUAUAAGUACCAGUGGGUGUCCUUAACAUCUGUGCCACUUGCAAGAAAGCAGUUUUUGAAUAUUGUUCAUUCAACUUGAAAUUUGCAAAUAAUAUGGAAACAUCAAAAACUGAAUUUUAACUACCAAAAUUUUUUAUAUGCUGUUCUACUGUAUCUAUACAUGAAAAUACCAACCGAGAACUAACGACAUUACCAGUUUUACUCAGUUUUCUAUCAUGAACGUGGUUUAUUCUUUUAAGGAAACCACAAGCACAGAGUUGUACAAACUGGAGAUUCGUGUGAAGGUGGAGAAGUUUGUUCGGGUGGCGCGAUUUGUGAUAGCGACUCCAAAAAGUGUAUUUGCGCGGCACAGCACGUCGCAGUUCACGGCAUCUGUCGGUUGAAAAGUGAGUUUUCACGAAAAUUUUUUUUGAGAAACGCUUUCUUCUAAAGACGCUCCAACGUAUGCGGCUCCUGGGGAACCAUGUAGAAACGGAGAUCGUUGCUCCGGAGGCUCUACCUGUGAACAAGGACUUUGUACCUGUGACCUGAACCAUUUUGCUCAAGACGGCUACUGUCGUCCUAUCGGUUGGUUACCUUGGUUUUUGAAGGUACCAAAAGUCCCUGUGAUGGUUUUUUCGAAAUUUUGAUCAAGUUUUACGAAGUCUAAAUGAGAAAUGAGAGGAUUUUAUGCAUCAUAAAAGUUUCGCGUUCCUUACUUUUCAGACGCCUGGCCUUCAAGUGAAUAAUUAAGAAAGUUCACUUAACAUAAUAUGAACUCUGAGCUAUAGUCGACAUUUGGCGAGAAACAAAAUUUUUACUCAUAUCACCUCAGUUCUGAGAAUGAUUUUACGAGGUGUUGCGCAGAUUUUAUUCAAUUUUCGAAUCUUUUUUUGAAAGUUAAAUGAAUUAAAAAAAAUCAACUUUUCCAAAAUGAAACUACGGUUCGAUAAUAACGUUUCUACAAAUUUCAGAGGCGCAACAUUCCGAAAUACAGUUUUCCAACGGCACGGGGCUGCGUUUCUCGUCCAAGGCAGUGAUCGAACGUCCACGCGCGACAGCGUGCGACGAGGCACGUUGUCGCCUUCCCUCGUGUUUCUGCACCUCCACCGGUACGAAUUCGAUCCUCGUCUGAAAUUUUUAAUGUAAUUGACUUCUGCGAAAAGUUAUACAGCUCUUCUGAACAGAGCAAGUGUUUUUAAUAUUUUUUUCAAAUAUUUAUAAUCUUUCUAAGUUAGAAAAAGCUCAACAAAUUCAGAAUGAAAAAAAGUUAAUAUUUCAUUAUUUUUUUGGCAAAUCGAUCUUUUGCAAAAAGUCAAACCAACUUUUAGGAAUUGUCAUUUAUCAAAUGAAAUAAUGUGAUUUGACUUUUUUUCAUCAUGAUUAAAAUAAAAAAAUCUGUUUUUCAAAAAGUGUCUCUUCUAUUUUUGUAUAUCAAAAAAAUCUGAAAACAUAAGAUUAGCAAGAAAAGUUUCAAGAAUAGGCUCGCCAUGUUUACUUCUUUUCUUUCAGGCCGAAAAGCACCAGGAAAUCUUCCGCCGCAUGAAACCCCGCAGUUCAUCGUCCUUUCCUUUGAUGAUGCUGUCAAUGGAAAAACCUUCCCUGACUACAAAGCCCUAUUUGAACAAGUCCUCUACAGGUUUCUUUGUGGAAAGUAUCAUGAAUCUAUCUUUUUUGUUUUCAGAAACCCCAAUGGCUGCCCGAUAAAAGGUUCUUUUUUCAUCUCGCACGAGUGGACCAACUACGAUGCCGUUGAAUGGCUUGUUCAGAAGAAUCAAGAAAUAGCUUCAAACUCCAUUUCGUAUGUUUCCAUCUCAUUAAUAUGAUUAGUUAGUUAUUCUCAGCCACGUUUCAUUGGAAGGCGAGCCGGCCAGUCGCUGGUUGAACGAAAUGGAUGGGCAAAGAAGAAUUUUAUCCAAGUUUGCAUCAGCUCCAGAAGAAUCGAUUCUUGGAAUGAGAGCUCCUCAACUCGCCCUGGGAGGUGACGAACAGUUUGAGGUGAGUGUCGAGAUAUCCGCAGAAAAUGAAUGAAAUAGUCUUUUUUCCUUUUCAUUUCCUGGAAAAGAAAAUAAUUUCGCUAAAUCACUCCGGAACUUUUCCUCUUCUAAUAAUACUUUCAGAUGAUGUCCCGCGCUGGUUUCCUUUAUGACAACUCCAUGUCAGCCAACCCUGGUAUAAAUGGAGAACCUUUUUGGCCACAGACUCUCGACUAUACUGUUGCGUGGCCUUGCUAUGAAGACAGCUGCCCGAAAAGGUUCAAAAUGAUAAAUUUGCUCCUAUACUUUCAAAAUUCAGCUCUUUCACUGGAGUUUGGGAAGUGCCUCUCAAUCAGUUCUAUGGAGCGUACAUGAGGCAAAUCGACAGUUAUCGCCGGUCGAGUAUGAUACGCGCUGCUGUCGAUUUGAACAACACCGUCGAAGAACUGGUGAGAAAAAUUCCCCUAAAAAGAAAAGUCACUUAUUCAGACUGCGAUGAUGAUUUCCAACUUUGACAGAAGCUAUUCUUCUAACAGAGCUCCUUAUGUGCUCUCACUCAACGCCGACUUUUUACAGCUGAAUGGCAGAAACUCAGGAAUGAAAGCUCUGCGAAAGUAAAAAUUGUUGAAUUGAGAAUUUACCAACAAACUUUCAGCUUCUUGGGUGAAGCAAUGGCCAAUCAAGAUGUUUAUGUUGUGACUUUCAAACAACUCAUUGAUUGGAUGAAAGAACCAGUUCCUAUUAGUCAGAUGUCAAAGGUACAUUUUUCCUGAAAUAAUAACAGGAAAAAUGUUUUUGCAGUCGGAAGCUGUGCGAUGCCCGACGACUUUCAGUCAAAAUCCUUCGUUGCGAGCUACAUGCGAGAAACCCAACAAGUGCAUGUACAACACACCAGCUCUGGGAAGUUCUGAGCAUCAAUUCCUGACUUGCUCGCCUUGUCCAGCCCUCUACCCGUGGCUCGAGAACCCAGUCGGCUCUCCAAUCUAUUAA